CAAACCGCUCCGCGUGUUUUGAGAGGAGCGGCGCGGAGGACGGACGUACCGUGCCCGGCGAACGGCGGCGAUGGAGGGGAGCGGCGGCGACGCGGCGGAGGGCGCAGGAGCCGGGUUCGAGUGGGACGCCGACUCGCAGCUCUACUACCACGCCAGUACUGGUUUUUACCAUGACCCUGUCGCUGGAUGGUACUACAGCAGCAGAGAUGGCCAAUACUACAUCUACGAGAACGGAAAUUACACGCCGUUGAUGACAGAUCUGGGCAAUGAACCCACGUCAAAAUAUCCAUACGACGAGGCCAGCCAAGAUGUCUUGGAACCAAGCUCUUCAGGUUUGGAACCACCUAUACCUGACGAUGAGAAUGAAACAGUGGGACCGCCAUCAGAAUGGAUGGAGGAAACACUGAUAAACUUGUACUUGUCAGGCUACUCAAAUAGAGAAGUCAUUACUGAAAGUUCGCUAGGAAACACACAUACAAAUGAGGAAGACAGAAAUGAGACAACGGGGAACAAACUGAGUAGCUUGACCUCAGACAGUGCAUCAGCUUCUCUGAAUGAUGCUACAUCACAGCAAGUUGAAGAUGAAACGGAAACUAAGAAUUCCACUGCUGUGGACGAAUCUCUGGGGGAAGAGGAAGAGAAAUGGCUUGCCCAAUAUGGUCAGGUAGAGAGAGUAAAUGAUGAUACACCAUUACUGCCAACCAUUGAUAUAUGGGAUUGGUAUGUGGUCCAAGAUCAUGUUAGCAAAGGUCAGCCUGUGGCUAGGCUUGUGGGAUGCUUAUCUAGGGGUUCUAGUAAGCUUCAUCCUUCUCUGCCUACUCGUGGUGGCCGUCUAAGAACUGCUUCUGUGAGUGAAGUUCAUCUUGACCUUGUGCGUGUAUCAACAGGGAAGCUGUACAGGCUAAGGAACCCUAGCAGAAAAUACUUGGCCUCUUUGUCCGCAUAUGACUCCUCUAACCCGACAAAAGAUUGGGGGUUUCCUGAUAUUUAUGCAAAUCCUGAUAUUAAUUUGAAUAAGCAAUCAACUGCACAGUCCCAAUCUGAAGUUGCUGAUGAGUCUUCUAUCGAGGGAGGUAUCUCAGCAGUUAAUGGCAAGGAGCAAAAGACAAAAGUUUACAGGGACAGAGCUGCUGAGAGAAGGAACCUGCAUCGCGGCUUAGGGAUAGGGCCUGGACAGAAGCAAAGUAACAUAAUCAGUUCUGAUGAAUACGAGGAAUCAAUUGACGACAUUGAUUCAAUGGAAACUGCAUCAGUAGAUAUGAAUUUUCGUUCCAGUGGUUUGCAUUCUGCCAAGAGAAUAAUGGAGAACAUGGGCUGGAAGGAGGGAGAGGGCCUUGGAAAAAGCAGAAAGGGUAUUGUAGAACCUAUACAGCCUCUCAUCAACAAACAUGGUACUGGUUUGGGAUGGAACCAAACCCGCUAAGAGCCUAAGAUGUUCCUUUUCUGUACUGCUAUGGCCUAUGGAGAAUUGGAGAUUACUGUCGUCUGGGGUGCAACUAUGAAAGAAUGAUGUAUCUGACAUGUGUUCCUUGUUCUAACUCCAACUUUUCUUGGACGACAGUGUUUUUACAGCAAGACUUUGUGGCUCUUGUUGUGUUUGCAGGGACCGGCGUAAAGCUAUGCUGGAAAACCAAAGGAGCGGGAUGGUAUUAUUGGUUGAUUGAAGCGCACCAACUGCUUAUCUCUGUGGCAAGCCUACGAAUUGGAUGGAGCCGGGUGAAGCCCAAGGCAGCCCCUCUUCCAUCUCCGGUAGAACACGGUUGUGAUCCAACGGCUAGCUCUAGCAGCCCUCUCGCUGGAGCUCGGGCAGCCGCCCAGGGUUCCGGGGCCCAUCCAAUGUACCUUACCGCGUCAUGUUAUUUUCUAUAGGCAAAAUUUUCUUUUGCAAUCGUUCCAAUUCUGAGUUCUCCUUUGCCAUCCAAAACUGCACUUUGUUUUUUUUAAUC